ACACCCUUUCGUGGGUAUGGUUCAAAUUCCAAACUGCAAUGUGGAGAAGCCAAAUCCGAUUAAUAAGUGUCGCUUUGGAAUUCCCACACUAAUUUGGAAACUGAAUCUUUGAGGGGGGAACCGAAAGGUUCUCUUUUCUUCCCUGUAUGUAUAUGUACUCCCAUUUUACCAAGUAGUAUUGGAAAAUUUGUUCAUCAUCAAAACCCAAAUUCUGUGGAGAAGAGCGAAAAAACAUGGUAGAGAGAUCAUGGCAUCCUAUCCUUGAUGACAACUCUGAAGUAGCAAGGUCACUGAGAGAGAUUCCACCAGCCCACUACACUCUUAAGAUCAAGUCAUUCUCAUUACUCUCGCAGAUGUUGUUAGAUACUCAACAGAAGAAUUUUGAAUCAGCUGUUUUUGAAGCCAAUGGCUACAAAUGGAAGUUGUCUCUCUACCCACAUGGUGAUAAAGAAAGAAACGGUGAAGGGCACAUCUCCUUGUACUUGGUAAUCGCAGAUAGAGAUAAUUUACCGCUUGGUUGGGAGGUCAAUGUGAACUUCAAAUUGUUUGUGUUUGACCAAAUCCAAGACAAGUACAUGACUGUUCAAGAUGUCAAUGGGAAGGUGAGGCGGUUUCACAAGAUGAAGACUAAGUGGGGUUUCACACAAUUACUCCCACUCAGUAGUUUCAGUGAUGCUGCUAAUGGAUACCUGAUCAAUGACAUGUGCGUGUUUGGAGUAGAAAUAUUUGUAGUAAGUUACAAUGGCAGAGGAGAAUGUCUAAACCUACUGAAGGUACUUGACACUACCUAUGCCUGGAACAUUGAAAAAUUUUCGUCUCUACAAGACGAAUAUCAUUACUCCGAUGUCUUUACAAUUGGACAAAGGAAGUGGAAGUUACAGCUCUUUCCCAAAGCAAAUUCAAGAGGAAAGGGCAAAAGCAUGUCCCUUUUUAUACUAUUGGAUGAUUUGGAAACCUUUCCUUCUGGACAGAAAAUAAAUGCAACAUACAAGCUACGCAUAAAGAACCAAUACCAUGACAAGCAUGGAGAGAUUACAGGUACUAACUGUUUCUCUGCUACAAGCUGUGGCCGGGGUUGUUCUUCGUUGUUGUCCUUGACUGAUCUCCAUGAUGCUUCUAAGGGUUUCCUUGUGAACAAUAGUUUGAUGAUUGAAGCCGAAGUUAGUGCCAUAUCCACGGUGAAGAACUUUUCAGAGUAGCAGAGGAUAAAGAUCUUCAUGGCAACAUGGCUUUUUGGUAUCUUUAUAUCUUUGCUCAAUCCUUCAGAACAAACACGUCCAUGGAGCUUCCAUUUAGGUGCGGUUUGGUGUAAAGUUCAGAAUUCCUCGGGAUUUUUGUUUUUUUUUUAUCUUGUCUAGUAGUCCUCACAUAUUAUAGCAUGACGAUCAUUAGGCUUUUAACAGUAUGGCAUGAUUUUUAACUGUAUGGUAUGACCUACUAUGGACUUUAUCUCCGUGUAAUCAUUGUCUCUUUCGAAUGGAGUUCUUCCUUUUGC